AUUCUUACCCUUGACAACCUGCAGAAAGGAGGCUGUCCCUUGUUAAUAGGUGCUUCUCGUGGUUGAAUAGAGCUGAAUCUGCUGAUCACAUGCUCUUGCGCUGCUCCUGGACCAGGAACUUUUGGAACUUGGUCUCUUCUAUGACUGGGCCGCACUGGUUUACCACCAGAACAGUGGACCUGGAUAGUUACCUAUUCUAUAAAGCUAGGAGGAAAGCUUUUCCCCUUGUUUCCCUAGCCAUUUUUAAGUUUUUGUGGAGGAAAAGAAAUAAAAGAGCUUUUGAAGGAUUGGCGAUGCCAUUACACGUUAGUAAAGACCAGUGGAUUGAUCCUGUAACAAGCUGGGACACUGGGCUGUUUGUUGUGUUUAACACUAUUUUAAUUCUUGAUUUUUUGGGCGCCCUGCAGUGUGGAUGAUUUCCUUUUGUUGUAUGUACUUGGAUGGUUGAGGAGUUGGCUUUUCUUGUUAAAGACAAUCUACCAUGCAAGCAUCUUAUUCUUUCAAUGGAAGAAGAUUUUGUUAAUUUUCUUCAGGAUGAUACCAGUUCAGAUGGGGUCAUGGAACUUGAACCAAUGAAUUCGUACAAUCGCCUUCUCUUGCAUCGCCUUGCAGAUAUAUUUGGAUUUGCACAUGAAUCUGUUGGUGAAGGAGAUGAUCGGCACAUAAUUUUGGAGCGAUGCCCAGAGACAUCAAUACCACCCAUCCUUGUUAGUGAUAUUUUGUGGCAGUAUGAUGCAUCUCCAUCUCCAGCAAUGUCACACCAACUACUAAGGAGAAAAGAAGAUUCCCCAGAGUCGGAAAAAAAAUUGCUGCCUUUUCAGUAUUCGUUUGAGGAGCGGGAAACAGCUUAUAUGGCUGCUCGUGAGAGAAUUUUUUCUAUGGAUGAAGGGGAGUCGAAAGAACCCAUCCAGCAGAAACCAAGAAGCGUUCCUGUGGUUGCCCAGCGUAUGAUUGCCCAUGCCCUUGGCAAAAGAAUCAACUCAUGCAGUCAGGGGUCCACAAAUAAAAAUGCUAGAGAAUGCAAAGGCCAAACUGGUGAACCAGACAGUCGAGAGAAGAAUAAGAUUGAUCCUACAUUGAUCUAUGCAUCAUCAGUCACAGAAAGGAAGGCUUCUGAAAAACCAGCUAAUGAAAAUUCCAUUGAGGCUUGCAUGCCUCAGAAUGGAAGAAGCGGGUCAGGUGUGAACCGGGACAAUAUGAAAGACGAGCUUUCAGGUGCUGCGAAGAGGAUUUUUGCCCAUGCAUUAGGAAGGAAUUUGGCUAAGGAUGGUCUUUCUUCUAAAUGCAGUGAAACGAAACAAAUCAAUAUUGCAGCAGAACAAAUUGAUGAGUAGGGUUUGAUAAACCUUUCACUAAUAGUGAAUGAGGCUUUCAUGCACUUGGCAUGUUCCUGCACAAGUGUGAAGAGUUCCCCAGGUUUCCAUGAAAGUCUGGUUGAAUGAUCAUUUGAUGAUGAAAGCUUUGAUGUGACUACUAUUUUGGAGCUGCAUUGCAAGUGAAUCCAAUGUCAUGUGGUGCUUGCUCGCUUGUUCGGUGACUGCACCUCCAGAAAAAUAUAACUGGUCUAUAAUAUCCAUCCCAUUUAAGUGAACUGGUGAAAAAUGACCGAUCAACCUGAUGGUGUGGCUAAGCAGGGUUAUGGCAUUUUGGCUGGAGUUGAAGAAAAUGACUGCUGAGCAGAAGUUGCAUGUUUUAUUGCAUCUGUAAAGUACAAUUUCCUCGUGUUUCUUUUGGAUGAUUAUUGAAUGACAUGUAAGCUUGAUGGUUCGUCCAAGUGUUAAGAGAAAAAUUACACCAUUGAGGUCAA